AUGGAAAUUGCGUCGAAAAGAAAUAAAAUUAGUAAAAUUGCGCGGGGUUAUCGCGGUGGGGUGUUAUCGGGCAGUGAAUUAAGUGAUGAUGAUGUGUGCAGACGGCUGGGUCAUGUGGGACGGGCGCGCGUUGGGCGCGGCGCGGGGGCGCGGCUGGGGUCCGUGGUGGUGCGCGACGCGCCGCUCGUGGCCGCCGCACGCCCAGCGCCAUGCGUGGCAACCCGCGCGCCAAGCCAAGUUUACCAGGUAAACGUAAAUUCGAUGGGGGUCACCAGAACAAUGGGGGGGAGAGCAAGCGUCGGGUGGGCGCGGGCGGCGCGGCGUGCGGGUGGGAGGGCAGCGCCGGCAGCGCGAGCGGCAGCAGCUAGCGGGCGCGCGCAGCUCCCGUCGUCCCGCUUCCGCCCCGCCCGCCACGCGUCCCGCGCCCCGCGCGCGCCCGCGAGCCCCUGUCCCGGAGACACGACAAACUGCGCAGGGGAGCGCCUCGCGGGCGCACCGAAUGCCGACCGCGCCGAACCCCCCGAUUCUAAACGCACGGAGGGCCGUUCCACUUUUUCUAUAUAUCGUGUUUUUUAUUUGAUUUUCACGUUUUCGAUUUUGUAUCGCGACGAUUCCGUAAAAAUCUUAAAGUAG